AAUUACCUCUUUAUUAUUCCCAAUUCGUCUCUUUUAUUUCUCCUCUCCAUAAAUACCUUUUAUUUCUCCUCUCCAUAAAUAUCUUUUAUUUAUUUUGGGUUCAGUUCCCCUGUUUUUUUGCUCUGUUUCUUGAAUUACCAUGGCGCCACCAAACGACCCCGCCAACUCAACUUUCAGCGCCUUGAUCGCAAGCAAAAAGGACAACUUUUUCGAACUUAACGGCGGAAAACUCUCCGUUAGAAAUGUUCCGUUACUCACUGAUAUCCCAACCAACGUCACUUUCAAAUCCUUCUCCUCCGUCUGUCAAUCCUCCGACGCCCCAUCUCCCCUGUUCGACCGCGCCCAAUCCCUCUCCUUCAAGGGCGGUUUCCUCGGUUUCAGCCAGGGCAAAUCCUCCGACCGCCUCACCAAUUCCCUCGGCAAAUUCACCGGCCGUGAUUUCGUCAGCAUUUUCCGGUUCAAAACAUGGUGGUCCACCCAGUGGGUCGGUACCUCCGGCUCCGACGUUCAGAUGGAGACCCAGUGGGUCAUGCUCGACAUACCCGAAAUCAAGUCUUACGCCGUCGUAAUCCCCAUCAUCGAGGGCAAAUUCCGGUCGGCACUCUUUCCCGGAACCGACGGCCACUUGCUAAUCUGCGCCGAGAGCGGCUCCACCCAAGCCAAAGCUUCCUCCUUCAACUCAAUCGCUUACGUCCACGUGUCCGAAAACCCAUACACCCUUAUGAAAGAGGCGUACACCGCCGUUAGGGUUCACCUCAACACCUUCAAGCUCAUCGAGGAGAAAGCGGCCCCGCCGCUUGUCAACAAAUUCGGGUGGUGCACGUGGGACGCGUUUUACCUUACCGUCGAACCCGCCGGAAUCUGGCACGGAGUGAAGGAAUUCGCCGACGGCGGUCUAACCCCAAGGUUUCUCAUCAUAGACGACGGAUGGCAGAGCAUCAACAACGAUGGGGAAAACCCACACGAGGACACCAAAAACCUCGUACUAGGUGGGACCCAAAUGACAGCUAGGCUCCACAGGCUCGACGAAUGCGAAAAAUUCAGGAAAUACAAAGGCGGCUCCAUGGUGGGACCCAAUCGCCCCACCUUCGACCCCAAAAAGCCGAAGCUCUUGAUUUCAAAAGCAAUCGAAAUCGAGGUCGCUGAAAAAACACGCGACAAGGCGGCUCUAUCUGGUGUCACCGACUUGUCUGCGUACGAGAUCGAGAUCAAGAAACUGAAUAAAGAAUUGGAUGAAAUGUUCGGUGGCGGUGGUUCGGACGAAAAGGCGAAUACUUCUUCGAGCAAAAAAGGAUGCUCGAGUUGCUCUUGCAAGACCGACGAGUUUGGUAUGAAAGCGUUUACCAAAGAUUUGAGGACUAAUUUCAAAGGAUUGGAUGAUAUAUACGUGUGGCAUGCGUUAGCUGGUGCAUGGGGUGGUGUUAGGCCAGGUGCAACUCAUCUCAGCACCAAGAUUGUGCCAUGCAAACUAUCUCCCGGCCUCGAUGGAACCAUGACCGAUCUUGCUGUGGUCAAAAUUAUCGAGGGCUCGAUCGGACUCGUGGACCCCGAUCAAGCUGAUGACUUUUACGACUCCAUGCACUCGUAUCUUUCCAGCGUCGGAAUUACCGGAGUCAAAGUUGAUGUUAUUCAUACACUUGAAUACGUGUCUGAAGAUUACGGAGGCAGAGUUGAGCUAGCAAAGGCUUAUUACAAAGGGCUGUCAAAAUCCGUAGCCAAGAACUUCAAUGGAACUGGUCUUAUUUCCAGCAUGCAGCAAUGCAAUGACUUCUUCUUCCUUGGGACUGAGCAGAUUUCCAUGGGAAGAGUUGGGGAUGAUUUCUGGUUCCAAGAUCCAAACGGAGAUCCAAUGGGAGUGUACUGGCUGCAAGGGGUGCACAUGAUCCACUGUGCGUACAACAGCAUGUGGAUGGGUCAGUUCAUCCAACCAGAUUGGGACAUGUUUCAAUCCGACCAUCUCUGCGCCAAGUUCCACGCUGGAUCCAGGGCUAUUUGCGGCGGCCCUGUUUAUGUCAGUGAUUCUUUGACCGGCCAUGAUUUCAAUCUUCUUCAAAAGCUUGUCUUCCCUGAUGGAACUAUUCCCAAGUGUCUCCAUUUUGCCCUCCCCACUAGAGACUGUCUCUUCAAGAACCCCCUCUUUGACAGCAAAACCAUCCUCAAAAUCUGGAAUUUCAACAAGUAUGGAGGAGUGAUCGGUGCUUUCAACUGCCAAGGAGCUGGGUGGGACCCAAAGGAGCAGAGGAUCAAGGGCCAUUCCCAGUGCUACAAGCCGCUAACCGGUUCGGUUCAUGUGAGUGACAUCGAAUUCGAUCAGAAAACCGAGUCGGCGAAAUUGGGGGAAGCCGACGAAUACGCGGUUUAUUUGUGCGAAUCUGAGAAGCUGUACAUCGCGAAACGAGAUUCGGCUCGUGUUUCGAUCACUAUCCAGCCGUCGACUUUCGAGAUCUUCAGCUUCGUUCCGAUUCAGAAUCUCGUCGGAGGGGAUGUCAAAUUCGCUCCGAUUGGGUUGACCAAUUUGUUCAACGCCGGCGGGACUAUACAGGGAUUGGUGUACGAUGAGACGGUGGCGAAGAUUGAGGUGAAGGGGGUUGGGAGAUUUUUGGCGUACUCGAGCGUUGCGCCGGAGAAGGUGUACCUGAACGGAGGUGAGGUGGUGUUUGGGUGGACGGCCAAUGGGAAGGUUGAGGUGGAGGUUCCUUGGUACGAGGAGUGUGGCGGGAUUUCUAAUCUCACUUUUGUUUUCUGAAAACGCGUUUUCUCUUCUAAGAAACGCGAUUAUGCAUGCAAUAUUUUCAUUUUGGUUUAAUAAUUAAAUAAUGUGUGUCCCAUUUACUGGGGAUUGGGUAUUGUUGAUUGUUCAGUUUGGAGUUGUGUUGUAUAAUAAGAAUUGCCUUUAAAGCGUUCUUCAUUUUCCUAAUCCAAGAAUUGCUGUUUUGCCUUUAAAA